AUGUGUACGGAGAAUGAAAAGUGCACAUGUUUUGUUGGAUAUGUAAAUCAAUAUUGUAAUGAAACUGCCUCAAUAGAGAAUUUAUUUGCGGGAUACUCAAUAGUGUCUAGAGCUGGGAUUUAUGUUACCGAGAGGGAUAUUAACACAACAGGAAAUAUUGCUACAACAUCAUCUCUAUUAAGGCAAGACAGUCCAUUUGGUAUUUAUGUCAAUGAUGGACUGGUCAUACAUGAACAGGAUAGUUUUGCCAGUAACCUUGUUACACAAGCUAUGGUAUUAUUUGACCCAUCAAGGUUUACACCAAUCUAUGACUUUAUUUUGAAUGAUGGUUCCAUACCUUAUCUGGAGGUAAAAAGUGGAGGAACAUACAAGCUAACAGCUGGUUGGAAAGGACCUAGCAAGGUUGUUAUUUCAACAGUAGAUAGAGUAAUUUUUGCUAUUUUUGGAGAUAAUUUUGUGAGUGAAAAUGUGGAAGUAGUAUUUACAGAAUGUGCAUCACCUUAUAAUCUCUAUUGGAUUGUGGAUAAAACAGCCAAGAUAAGUGGAAAUUUUAAAGGAAAUUUAAUAGCAAGAUCAAUAACAGCUUCCAAUGCUGUUAUUACAGGAACAAUAUUUUCCAUUUCAACAACUGUAAAUCCAAUUUUAAAAAAUGUGUCGUUCACACCAUUAGAUAACUUUGAUCCGUACAAAGGGUUUUCUAUUGAACCUCAAUGCAGCUUUACAUAUUGCUAUGGAAUUGAAUCAAGAAACUCUAGUGUUUGUGCAGGGAUAGGAAACUGUGUUGGAUACGAUUCUUGUUCGUGUCCAAAUGGUUACGGAUUUGAUUGUUCUGUGGGCAUGUGUAAUGGAGUAUUAUCUACAGAUAGUUCUGUAUGCUCUGGUCAUGGUACAUGCAGCUCCAAUAUUUGUUCGUGCGAUAGUGGAUUCUCUGGAUCGGAUUGCUCUAUCACAACAUGUAAUGGUAUUCUAAACUCAAACAAUGCAAGUUGCAACUCAAAUGGACUUUGUAAAUAUUCAAAUACUUGCAUUUGUAAGAUUGGAUACAAAGGAACUUACUGUAAUGAGAUUGAAACAAGACCAGUUAUUUCUCCUCUGGCUGGAUAUUCAAUCAUAUUAAGUGGAUCUUCAAUAUAUUUGAAAAGCUUGAAAUAUAUUGAUCUUAGUGGAAGUAUAGCUAUCGUUGGAUCGAAGAUUGAACCAACGUCAUACUAUCAUCCUUCGAUUUGGGGAGAAAUUCUACCAACAAAUUACUAUCGUAUGGAAGGAGCUGCCAAAUUACACAAAAAUGAUUGGGAAGCAAAUCAAGCUGUGUCUACAGCCCUUUCUCUGGUUCAAAAGCUAUCGGCACUACCAUGCAAUUACACCUUUGGAUUAAAUGUUCCAAACUUGUACAUUAAUCAAGGAGGUGUGUAUUGUUUUCCAAAUGGUUGGAUAGGGCCAAGUAAGGUUGUUAUCAAUGGCCCAGAGAGAGUCGUAUUCAAGACUGGGUAUUUGAAUUAUAACAAUUUUGAAGUGACCAUGAUAAGUAAUGCUUCUCCUAGUUCAGUGUUUUGGAUUGCUACUCAAUUUUUAAUAAGUGGUGAUUUUAAAGGAACCCUCAUGGCCCCCUAUGGUGACAUUGUUUCAGGAUCUAAAAUCACAGGAACAAUUUCAAGAGGUUCCUGUAUUGGACCAAAUAUCUGUAAUUGCUCAAAUGGUUACUAUGGAUCCCAAUGCGAGUUUACAACUUGCUAUUCUGUACCAAUGAAUUCAUCUUCAGUAUGUUCUGGAAAUGGAACUUGUUAUAGUUUCAAUAACUGUACUUGCUUUACAGGUUUUUAUGACUCUACUUGUUCAUGCAAAAUUGGAACGGAUUGCACUAUUAGAAACACAUCCUAUAUUGAUAACUCUACUGUAGUUUCUAACACUACAAAUUGGAAUGUUACCUCCAAUUCGAACUCAACAAACACCACCUCACCAACUAACACUACAGUCAUUGUUGUAAACUCAAAUUGUACAUCAUCUCUUAAUUGCUCUGGUCAUGGUGUCUGUAAGAAUAGUAAAUGUUCCUGCUAUUCAACAAGCACAGCUGGUUAUUGGACUGGGUAUUGGUGUAAUCAAUGCAAGCCUGGAUAUUAUGGAGACCAGUGCCUCACCUAUUUUGGUUCGACGGUGAGAAUAACUGCAGAUUUUAAGGGAUUGCAGUUCUAUAUGUACUCUCCUCCAAACAAAACAGAUGUGAAAAUAUCAUGCUCAAAGUUACUAUUUAGUGUUGAUGUGGCGAAUAAUCUUUAUGGGUUGGAACGGGAUAUCUCAUGUAGUUAUGUUGACAAGACAAGUGGCUUGUUUAUGAUAACAUUUGGUUCAUUUGACUUUACAGUUUAUCCAGGUUCCACCAUUAAAUUGAAUAUGUUGGUUUUCGAUAAUGUGCCAGCUUUUGCAUGGAAUUCUUUCACAGUUGCUUAUCCUCAGAACAUGACCACAAUUGCACCCGUGGCAGCUUUGAAAAUACCGCCUUUGGAUACCUUCAGCUCUUGUGAUGCUAUACCAGUUGAUGGAUCUUUGAGCUAUUCUGUCGAUAGAAAACCUUUGAAGUAUUAUUGGUCUGUUGUUAACGCCUCCUCAAUGACUGAUGUAUUUGCUGUGAUGACUGCUCAACCAAAUUUUAUGGUUUCGGCAGAGCUUGCUCCAGGAAGUUACAAAAUCAAACUUCAGGUCUACAGUGUUUAUCUCAACAAGUUUAGUACACCUGUUUAUUCGAAAACUUUUACAAAAGCAACUAAACCUCUUCCAUCUCUUUCCAUUUUUAAGGAUGAAACAAUAAUUGAGAGAUUUACUUAUCAGUUUCCUCUAACUAUAAGGAAAUCAAUAACAACCUCAUCUUGCCAAUCUGAAUUUGACAAAGUGGAAGUUGAAUGGAAAAAAGAAAGUGGAUCAGCAAUUGAAUUUAAGGAGGAUUCGUACAAUAACUUGGUAAUACCAGGUGUGAAAUAUUUUGAAGAGAGCACUUACAUAUUUAAAGUGUCUGCCUUCUAUUCAUCUGAUCCAAGUUUAACAGUAUCCACAACUGUUCGACUGAAUGUUCUUACUCCAAAUAUCACACUUGGUGUUCUUCAAUUGGAAGCAAAGGGUGAUCACACUCUUCUCAAAGUUGAUUAUUCAGACCCUGAAACUUUAAUCAACUCAGAUAUUGUCUCUGUUUGGACUUGGUCUUGUAUUGAUCAUUCAAGUCAGAAGUUACUCUCCUUUCUCCAAUCUGUCUCUGAAUCUAAAUCAACCAUUUUUAAUGUAACCACUCAACUUUUCGAUGUCGUUCCAUCAUCCAUUCAUUUAAGGUUAAAGGUAGAAAAGUUUAAUGGCAAAUCCUUGACAAAGGAUACAAUCAUCAACUUUAACAAUAUCCCCCCUUUGGUUAAUGUUAUAAAUAUUGAGCCAAAGUCAUCAGUGGUUGUAAGAGGACAAUUAUUAACUGUUCAAGUUCUAGUUUCUUCUAGUGCUAUUUCUGCAAUUUCUAAUUCAGUGGUUUGGACGUUGGAUGCUAUCAAGGUGGAUAAAUCCCAAGUAUCUGAACAAACUUUAGAUGAUAAGAGAACAAGUACUGUCUAUAUUGAUACAAGCAAUUUAGUGGAAGGAUCCGAACAUUUUGUUUCCUUAUUUACAUAUGAUGCAUCUAAGGGUACAUCAAGUGAAUCAAGCUACGGUUUCCAAAUUGCUGUUUCUCCAAAACCAUGUGAAUGUGCUGUUUUACCACCCUAUGGUUCUGCAUUGGAUACUGAUUUUAACUUUAUUUGCUACAACUGCAAGAGCGAAGAAAACCACAUAGAUUUGAGAUAUGGUUUCAUUGAUGAUAGAUCUGGUUUGAAGGUACCUCUUUAUAAUUUAGGAGAAGUGUAUUCAUCAAAACUUCCAGCUCCUUUCGAAGGUUCCAAACUUACUUGUUUCUUUGAAAUGGUUGACACAACCACUGGAGCUUUUACAACAGUUUAUAAGGAUGUUAAAAUUGAAAAACCAGUUGUUUCAGAGAUUGAACAGGUGCAAAAUUUUGUAAAGCUUUGGUCUGAAUUAAGUACUUACUACUCACAGGAGGGUGAGUUUGGAAAGAGCUUUUACCAAUCUGCCUCAACAUCAAGAACCGACUCAGUCCUUGUUAUUGAUGCUUUUAAACACAUUACAAAAUCAUCACGUGAUUUGAGUAUUAUAUGCCAAAAUGGGUAUGAUCUUUCGGGAGUCUGUAAAUGUCAGGAUGGUUAUAUUGGAAGAAAUUGUGAUAUUUCUAUUAGAGAUUUCUCCAACAUUCAGAAGAGAAAACUUCAAAUUUUGAAUGGAAUAAUCUCUAUCGCUAAUAACACAGUUGUUACCAUUAAUGAUGACUAUGUAGGAUUGCUUGCUUUUGCUAUUGAUUCUCUCCUUGUCAAUUAUCCAUAUUUGAACUCUGACACAAUUUCUGAAUCACUCACAACUUUGAAUACAUUUUUAACAUACUCUUUAGGAAUAGAUGGACUUAAGGUUGCGAAUGGAGUUGAAACCUUACUUUUGAAUUGUAUUAAAUCUGCAAGAGAUUACAUUAUUGAUAGACAAUACGUUGUUGAUCAAAGUUCCAACUCUGCUAAACUAUUGUCAGCCUUAAUGAAAUCCUCUAAAUUAAUUGCUAGAUCUAAUGCAGUUGGAAGUCCUUUGACACAUUUUAAUGGACCUUUCUAUUCUAUUGUUUUGAAUAGACAUACACUUUUCAACUUCCCAUAUAAUAUUUACGAUAAUAGCACCUUAACUUCUGUUGAAAUUGAACCAUUUGUUGAUUUGAAUUAUGUCAUGUCAUAUAUUUCACAAAAGUAUUUUGUCUAUGCACUAUCUGUUACGCAAGAUAUUUAUUCAUUGCAAUCUAGAUUGAGUCUUUCUCAUUUGAAUGAAGACUCUGAUAGAGAAAGCUCUAAUUUAAUUUCUCCAAUUGUUUCUUUAUCAUUCAGUGAUGUUCCUGUUGAUUUUGGAGGAGGAAAUAAUAUAAUUUAUUAUAAUAUUCCAAUCAACAAGACCCAUUAUGAGCAAUUUAUAGUGGAUCAAUUGGAUGUAACUCAUGUUUCCAGAUCUUUCGAAUGUGGAAAUUUCAGAGAUGGUUCUUCAGAGAUUAGAAAAGAAUGUACCCUUGUUUCAAUUACAGAAGAAAUUGCCAGAUGUAGAUGCAGCAAAUUGACGAAUGUUUUCAUUAUAGAAACCAAAGUCUCAAGCUCAGUUUCCUACCUCCUAGUUGCAAUUUUCCUCUCAAUUGUUGUAGGGUUGUGCUGUAUUGGAUUAUUCAUUGGCUUAACAGCAAUCUUCUGUUACAAAGCAAGGCAGAGAAGAAAAAUCCAUGACGAUCACAUUGUCCUCUGUGAAAAUCAGUCAAACUCAUCAAUAGAAAACAGCACUGAAUCAGUAUCUACAACCCCUCGUGAAAAGAAAGAAAAACCACAACAAACAACAAAUUUAAUUGAACUCAAGAGCAAUCAGGUUGUCCCAGCUGACCAAGACCUAGUUGACUUCUAA